CGAUCGGUCGAACCGGUUCGCCUUUACGACGAAACCAACAGCCGCCUCAAGAGUCGUGCCGGUGACGCACCGUCGUCGUCGUUCGGGGCCUGUUCAAGAACCUGUGCACUGCGUAUCCCGGUUAAGUGUCGACGAUAAUCCACGUGCGAGCACAUGGAACCCACCACUGUCCGAUUUUCGAGGUGCACCGGUCCUAGCGUCGAUCGAACCAAGCAGGAAGGACACCAGGUGGAAGGACAGCGAUCGAAGAAGAAGAAGAAGAAGAAGAAGAAGAAGAAGAAGAAGAAGACAGUUUGGAUGAAAGGAAGGAAGGGAAGAGCGUGUAACGCUAUCAGAAGAUACUCCAACUCUGGCCUGAAUCACGCACCAGGAAGUGGGAAAUCGGAGGUCAAACGAUUUAAAAUCACGACGAGCCUUUUAUUAACGAUCACCCUGGCAGUUCCCGCUCGAGAAUCACCAUAUUCGACGGACCUAACCCUGGACCAGGUUUCCAGCAGCCUGUUUACGUAUCCGACACGUGAUCGCUCCGUUCACUUCCGUCACUUCCAAGAACGUUUUCGCGACUCUUGUCUAUUUUCCCUACAGGGUGUUGCGAGUAAUCGUUUCUGGUGAUGAGUUUCACCACAGAAAAACGAGAAAACAUCGUUAUAUUUUUAAACAGAGCUCGAAGAAACUCAUGGGAGGGGUUCGACCUUUGAAGUCUCAUCGAGAUCAAGAAGUAAUGGAACAUCUUUGAGGAAGUGGCAUGAGUAUCUUUGGACAAGUGGUGGGGGUGUUCGAGGUCUCAAGGGAAGAAAAGAUGUUUCCACCCCCUUUCGUCGCCGGUUGCCCUGAGGAAACGAGCCAAGCAUUUUAUCUUCCGAUCGUCGAGCCUCUGGUGGCCCUGAGAGUGCAGCGGGUCAUCGCGAACAAUGUCCCAGGGUGAAUAAUUUCGCGAGAAUAACAUGGACGACGGAAAAACACGAGGGCCAGCUGCUGCGAGCGCGUUGACUCCUUUGACUCACGACGCCGGCGACCGGACGCCGAAGGACCUUGAAGAGGGAACAGGAACUCCGCGAGCUCCGCGCCAAGGCGAGCCAGAAGUUUCUUUGUCUCUAACUCUUCUGGCGCGUUAACAGCGCUCUCGUAAACCCAUCGCGAUUGUUGAUAAGCGUCCGAUCGGGGACCACUUAACAUUCUGCCAGAGUUACUCGCUCUUUUUGAGGCCAAAGUGAUUGGAGUGUUGGAUGAAAGUAGUUUGAGUACUGGUGGAGAUGUUGAGUGUUGAAGUAGCUGAGUAUUGGAGCAGGUGAGUAUUUGAGUGGUUGAGUAUUGGAAAUGAAAGUGCACGAAGUUUGGAAAACUUUGCACAUCCACUCAGCAAAUAAUCACACCUCCCGACAUAAGUGUAUACUUAUCCUCUCGUUUUCUCCUUCGACUUAUGUUCUUCCGUAUUGUGUAUAGACUUUUGUUUCGCAACGACUACGAUCAUUGUCAUUACGCGUACGAAGAGAAGUCAGUUUGCGAAUACAAAGGACAGUAACUUCUACUUGUAGUCGCUAAAAAAAGCAUACUCCGUCCGCUUCACGAAUAUAAAUUCAUCUAUGUUAUCAGUACAUAAAAGUAAACACUUGUCCCGUAUAAUCUUGUUUUCGAGUCACAAUUUUAAUUAUGCAAUCGCUCACCGUUCCUUAUCAAUUAUUUACGGAAAAUCCUGUGGAAAAUAUUGGAACUUACUCCCAACAAGAUUGAUAAUUAUAAUGAGUCACCGCGAGGUGUGAAAAACUGGCUUAUGAAUAGUCAAUAAGAUCACACCAUGCUACAUUAGACAAUGGUGACGUUUUAUAACCGUUUUUACUGCGCUUUACGUAUCACGACCUUUGGUAUUUCUUGUUUUAUUUGCUUUUAUCUUCGCGUAUAUACUCCGGUACAUUUGCUUA